AUGCCUUCCAUGCAAUUCUAUCCCAAGGCGCGUCAGCCCCGGCCUAGCAUUCAUCAUCCCUCGGUUCGGCCGCUUCGAAUGUCGGUUCUCAAAGCGGCUGCCAUCAACGGUCUCUUGCUGCAAUUUCUUUUCCUUGGGCUUUUUUGCUAUCUAUUCGGAUCUCUUUUCCAGCAGACCACACAUGUUCAUAACAUCAAUGUUCUCUUUGUCGACUACGAUGGCGGCGCGGUCGGCAGCGCAGUUCGUGCUGCGAACCAGCAACUCAAAAGCCCGGGUUUCCCGUCAUUGAUCGAGCGACCCACGCAAGAUUACCCGCAGACUGCCAAGAUCGAACACGCAGUCUGCGACAUCAAAUACUGGGCAGCAUUUUACGUUGUGUCCAAUGCCUCCGAUCGGCUAACAGCCGCACUUGGAGGUGGUUCGGCUGCUACUGCGUACAAUCAAAGCGACGUUCUCUCAUUGGUCUGGAAUCAGGCGCGUUACCCGACUGUGGCUGACUCCGCUGUUUAUGAGAGCCUACAAUCUCUCGCCCAAGCCGCGAGAACUGCUUACAUUCAAGGUGGCGGGAAACGGAUCAUCCAGGCCCUGAACAGCUCCGAUCCUGCUGCCAUUGCUGUCUUUUCCAAUCCGUGGACCUUGUCUUCGAUCAACAUACAACCGACUACACAAGGAUCACGACUUAUCUACAACACACUGGUGAUCAUAUUGAUACUCAUCCAAGAAUUUUUUUUCUUGGGUUCCAUCAACGGUCUCUAUCAGCAGUUUCGACUCUAUACGGCUGUGAACCCUCGUCGAAUUGCAAUCGUUCGCCAAAUCCUGUCGGGUGUCUAUACGUUCUUGGGUUCCCUGUGUACUACAGGCGCAAUCUGGGCUUUCCGAUAUGGCUGGCACGUAAACGGCAGUCAGUUCGUGCUCAACUGGAUGGCAUUGUGGCUCUUCGCACAUUUGAACUUUUUGGUUCUCGAUGUUUUCAGUAUCUGGGUCUCUCCUCCGUUUGUGCCAAUGGCACUGAUAACUUGGAUUAUACUAAAUGUAACUUCGAUUCUUCUCCCAUUUGAAUUGUCGCCUGGCUUUUACAAAUGGGGCUAUGCCUUGCCUGCGCAUAGCGUCUUCCAGGUUCUCAUUGACAUCUGGUCCGGUGGCUGCAACCCGCAGCUCGGCUACGCACUCCCCGUGAUGUUUGCCUAUGAGGUUGUCGCACUUGUUCUCAGCACUAUCGGUGUGUAUAGGCGUGCACAUUACGCUUCAAUUAAGCAGGAAGUGGAUGAGAAACAAUUACACGAGCGAGUCGAGGCAGCAAUCGCGGAGCAAGAGGAACGUCAGCUGGAAAGAGAGACAACUAGACCAGAGACUCUGGGAAGUGAGACUGAACAGGAAGGAACAACUGCUAUGCCGCGACGUGGAACUGUCACAACACUUGAAGACCAAGAAGAGUUGGCAAGCAGAAUUCGACGCGAGAUUUCCCGCCCUGAAGUUGACAGGGUAGUCACCAGUCGUGAAAGCAUGGGUCCCUGUUUUGAUUUGGCCUUCACGAAAUGA